UGAGAUGUCUACGUACUCUCUGGCUGUUGCAGGGACACAACUGGCCUUGGGUGCUGUAUUCUCUGUCUUUCCUGCCAUUGCUUCAGUAGUGACCAAUGAAUCAGUGACUAGCCGCUACUAAGUCACCAGUGAUUUAGUGACUGAAGCUGCAGUAGUGUUAAAUUCGCGUUCCUCGGUGUUCCUUCGCCUGUAGCUGCUUCACGGUGCUGUAAACUCAUUUCCUGGUGGUUGGUUCUGACGUCUGCAGGAACCGGGAGAGUACACGCACGGAUCACCUGGUCUCUCGCGUUGGAAGUUGUUGCUGGUGGGAGAUGUAUCAAGACUUUUAAGUGGCUCUUGUAAAAUAAACGACAAAUUCUGCUCUCUUUGUCGACGAAAUUCUCCAGAAUCAGAGCCAUGCUUACCCACACAACUCUCAUAUAGGAGAUGAAAACUUGAGACGACGUUUCGGUCUUAUUUGGACGAUUAACUUGUCUUCAGAGCCAUACUUGGUCCUUCACGACUGGUGUUUGGUCAUCAACACUGAGACUCUCACGGCGGGUCGCUGGUGUCGAGUCUCCGUCGAGGCGCCUCCCUGCGCAGGAUGUCUUGGCUUCCUCGACGACCCCACCUGGAAUGUAAGUCGUGGCUCACUUCCCUCGACCUCAUCCAGUACAUACACUGCUUCUCCAGGUUCGACGGUGUUGAGGACAUCCUGUACUACGACGAGGCGUCCAUCAAGGAGCUGGGAGUCAGGCACCAGGCACACCGCGUCAAGAUCAUGUCCUCCCUCACUUGCCUCAGGGACAAGUGGGAGAAGAACCAUAAGCUCAAGGGUGUGGACCCCAGCCCUCGUCUGAGCCUAGUAGAAGAGCGUCAACAGAACCGUCCUCUGCCUUCACCCUUUACACACCCAGACGUUGUCUUCAGAGCUGGGGAAGGGUAAGUCUAACUUUUCCCCUGCGGUCUUUGGCUCUUACACCUCGGCUGCGUUCGUUACAACUCCACACAUUCCAGUGGUCCUUAUACUGUAAAACCCGUUCCAGAGAUUCACAUACUGUUAAACAUAUGGGUUCCAGCGACCCGCACGUGAGAAGAGUUGCACCCUACUCACAUAUCAACAAUAUUAUUUCCAACGACUCCCAUAUAAGCCACACGAAUUCUAGUUAGACCCUCUACCUCACACGUCAAAACUCCACCAUGUGUUACCUACCCGAUGAAAGUUGCGAGACCUUUGCAUUUUUCCUGCAUGAUGGCUUGGUCUUUUCCAAGACCAGGCCAUCAUCCAGGAGGCUGAUGGAGCCAAGACCACGCUGCAAGGGUCGAUGACCCCUGGAACCAUCAACAAGUAGUCAAGAGGUAGGCAAUGUAAGAGUGGGAGGACGGGGAGUGCUGUCGUCGUGAACUAGUUCAGUGACACUACAAAUAAAUGUUAGAAUAGUUAUCUGGGUCUCCACCUUCCACCAUCCUGAACUGUUUACCACACUUAUUACCAUUGUGAAUUAUGUGAACAGUUACCUGCAUGAGGUUUAGAGGGUAUUACCUGAAUUAUUACGUGCAAGAAAUUUGGGCAAGACAAGUGGGACUUAGUCACAGUAGGUCGGAAGACUGUAACUCCCUCGAUGCCCACCUCACCACUCUCACAAAAAGCUAGACCUGACAUUAAAUUAAUAAUUACAAUAUUAAAAACAGCAACUCUGAUAAAUUAAAGUUGUGUGGACUGUAUAUGUUUAGGCUUGCUGGGUACACAGAAUGUAACUAUUGUACAUAAAUUAUAAUAGUAUACCUGGAAUAUGCCUGGAGAGAGUUCCGGGGGUCAACGCCCCCGCGGCCCGGUCUGUGACCAGGCCUCAUGGUGGACCAGGCUGUUACUGCUAACCACACACAGUCCAAUGUACGAACCACUGCCCGGCUGGUCAGGAAAUUCGUGUUACCACUUAUCAUUUAAUUACUGGAUCAAUAUUUUUUUUGGAAGCACUCCCUAACGCUACCACAACAGCUAGAAUUUAUGGGUAGAUGUCACUUAGCUAAGGUGUGCUCCUGGGAGAAUUGGUGUCCUCUAUUUUUCUGUUCUUGUUGCCGAAUUAUAAAAGUUUUUCACACUGUUUAUCCCAAUUCUUCAGCGGGAAUGUGUCAGCAAUUUCUAAAUUACGGAUUGAGGCCGAUAGACACUCAUUGAAAUUCGAUGAUGCCCGAUUGCGUUGCACAAUUAAAGGACCAGUGUUCACACAUUCAGUUUCAAUAUCGCGUCUCCUUCCUAUCCGCGUCACUCUACGGCUGUUUCACACACCCUUCACUUAAAAUUUCUCGAAGGAUCAAAUCAGCAUCACAUUUUAAUACGCAGUUAUAUUCAAAUUUACACAUGCUGAAUUCAGGAAAAUUCAAAAUUUUCCACAACCAUCAAACUUACUCAGGUUGCAACCACACACUUGAAAUAUCUCCGACUUCCUAACACUGUUGUUACAUGCUAGUUUAAAAAACAAAAAAAACUGACUCACAUGCAUGCACUUGGGCAAGCACGGGCAUGUGACGGACUGGGGGGGGGGGAAGGAUGAGGCUUCUUAUACACAAUGAGGCGCAAGUUUUGGUAUAUACCCGUGAGAUAUCACAGGAAAUAUGCAGAGCUCAUCUGUUUAUUCACUCCCCUCAAAGGAGGUUCCCUGAAGGCGGCGAAGGGAUCUUGAUCGAACGAAUUGGACCUGCCGUCCGUCCCUUGGAUCAAACUUGAACGCUACUCACUGCCCCAGGCGCUGUGUGACCCCCAUGGACAUAGCGGUUGCCCCAUGAAUACAUAACAGUUGCUCACUGAGGAUAACAAUAACGUCUAGUGUUGCCACAGAUGCAUAACAAUGCACAUUACUGCGGUGCUUGUGUCUGUCCUUGACUUUAAAUGUGUGUACAAUGCUCGUGACUCAGGAAAUGUUACGGACACAGUCACUGGGAGACGAGGGUACAACCUACCGACGCGCAAACCACAAACCUUGUCGAGAAUUGUGACGUGUGAGGUGUGAAUUUAGUUGCAACACGUAGUGUUCUUGUAACUUGUGGGUGCGCACGCUGCGAUUUAUUUGAGUGGGAGGUAGGGAAGGGGCGUUGAGUGUUGGCUCCUGGCCCCGACUCUCAAUCUUCGUCGGCUGGCAUUACUUGUUUCUGCCUUCUAGAGCUCUGAUAUUCCAACUUUCAAAACAGUGUACGGAGGUUGCCUUCAACACGGGGUCCAGCGAUGAUCCCAUCAUUUUACAUGAUCGUCCGAUUUACCUGAUUUCUUCCCCUAAGACGCGAUUACAACCCCACUUGAAGCUAUAUUUGGUGUUGACCUUCACCAUCCCUUCAUAUAAUUUGUGUAAUUUCCAACCCUGAGACUGGAAAGUGUUUUCUUACGUUGCUAUUUCUCAUCAACGUCUCUCGCUGAUGUGUUCCCUGGCUCCCCUCUACUCCCUGGCUCCCCUCUACUCCCCGGCUCCCCUCUACUCCCCGGCUCCCCUCUACUCCCUGGCUCCCCUCUACUCCCUGGCUUCCCUCUACUCCCUGGCUCCCCUUUACUCCCUGGCUCCCCUCUACUCCCUGGCUCCCCUUUAUUCCCUGGCUCCCCUCUACUCCCUGGCUCCCCUCUGUUCCCUGGCUUUCCUCUACUCCCUGGCUCCCCUCUACUCCCUGGCUCCCCUCUACUCCCUGCCUUCCCCAUACUCCCUGGCUCCCCUUUACUCCCUGGCUCCCCUCUAUUUCCAGGCUCCCCUCUACUCCCAGGCUCUCUCUACUUCCUUGCGCCCCUCUACUCCCUGGCUCCCCUUUACUCCCUGGUUCCCCUCUACUCCCUGGCUCCGCUCUACUCCCUGGCUCCUUUCUAUUCCCAGGCUCUCCUCUACUCCCAGGCUCCCUCUACUCCCUGGCUCCUCUUUAC